AUGUUAGAAGAAAGGGCGCUACUCCGCGUUGACGGAGAAGGGAAUGUGUUGGAGGUGGCAGCUAAAAAUGUACAGGAAGCGCAAGCAGCAGCCAAAUCCUACUACGACAAACGUUGGAAUGCCAAAACGAGCCAGUUCAAAGCGGGUGAGAGGGUACUGGUGUUGGCUCCAACGCAGGCGAGAAGAUGCUCACAUCCGAAGCUCGCACCUAGAUUUAACGGCCCGUAUCGGAUUCUGGAACUGUCCGAUAGCAGUGCACUGGUGAAGCAGAUUUAUGGGCAAGAAGAGGCAAUUGGUCCAUUUGAAGAAGGUUCCUGA